AUGAUUCCCAAACACAGAAGGUUCGUGUUUGAACACGACGAAUGGGAUGACACGCACUAUUCCUGUGUGUUUUUCGACCAGGAGCGCCGACAGUACAUGCAACUCCAGUUUGCUACCGAAGCAGUUCCCAAGAUCCCCGACAACCAUGUGCGCCGAAUCGAAUCAGAAAAGAAGUUUUACGAGUACGCCAGAAUUUGGCUGCCGGCCAUCUGCGACAAGCUGGCUCCUGCACAUCAGACUUUCGUGGCAGAUACCGAUGGAAACCUUGUUUCUUCGGGUAAAUCCACGAUACCCAUCCAGCCUUCCUAUGUUGAUAGGAAGCACGAGGCUGUGAAGCCGACAGAACCUGGGUUUCGCGGGUUUGUUUAUCGAAACAAGCUCCUGGAGCUGAUCCGGAGACCAGGCCAGGUAGACAGGGUGGCUUACAUCAGUACUGUCGGCGAAAAGGGAGGCCCAAUCAAGGAAGGCCGCGUCGUUGAGGCCGAUUUCAGAUAUUACUGCACGAAAGAUGCAAAGACAAUCUCCCAUUGCCUUCGCAAUCUGUACUUUCUUAAUCGAAUUCUUACCAUCCCCAACGAUCAAAUCCUUGGCCGCUUUCACCAUGCAGUUCUCGAAAAGAAGUCGGUGGUGGGCUACCUCACACAGGCCGCAAGGGGUCCCAACAUCAAUACCUUUUCAACUGCAGACAAGAAGCGACCCUUCAAAUUGGCUCACCUUGAAAAACUACUCGAUGGUGUCAAGACCCUCAAUUUGGUAUAUGGACUGGUUUCCAAGGAUCUGCAAGCAAACGACAUUGUGAUUGACGAAGACACCGAUGAGUUAUGGUUCCGCUCGUUCAGCCACUGCGUCCCUAUUAGCUCCCAAAAUGCAAUGUUCGACGUGGCUCUGGCUUACAUCCUGCUGUACGAGAAGAUCACGCACAAUAUCCAGACGCCUCCCAAAACUCUAGCUGAGGCUAGAGAUUUGGUGAAAAAGUUGUCCGCCAUCGACACCUGGUUCAAGUCCGACGCGGCUGAGCUCGAUGCCGACGUCACAAAAUAUAGAAGGGUUAUGAAUAAUUUCCUUCAGUCUAGCUAUCUGGACGUGCUUUUCGAGAAGUCACAACACCCAAAACCACAGACCGGGAUAGGAUCAAGCGAAGUCGCAACUGAAGGGCGUGGGAAUGCCAGUCUAGGGAACCAGACCAGACUGUCAAGGAAACGGCCAAACGAGGGGUCGCCAGAAGAUUCAAGACCGUCUAAGCGCAACAAGACAAAUCAAGAUGCACCAGAUGUGGAUGUCAACUGGGAGGAGGCCAAAGUGCCCAAGAUACCUUUGUCAAUCAUCAUUCCGGACGAGUUCACCAUCAAAGUUGGCGGCGUGGAGGUGAAUAUCACAUCCGAAAAGCUUUGGCGUCGAGGGAAGAGUGAGGGAACACAAGACAACCCAAUUAUAGACUGGUAUCGUCCAGCCACAGAUUCCCCUGCUCGCAAAGGCAUAAAAUACCUUCUUGCGAACGGCAAAGCAGCCCCGGAAAAUGAUAGGGCCGGGCGGUGGCACGAAUUGUUGAUCCAACAGCCCACAGAGGAAGACGAGGAGCUGGACGACUGGGAUCCCUUCGCCCUCAGCGGUGACGUGGACGACGAAAUACGGCAACUCUGUGUGAAUGCAGCCCAGGUAAUCGCUAGUGCCAAACAGAGGGCUGCCAAUGCUCGGGAAGCUACCCUCAAGGCCAAAACCCAAGCUAGGCUGGCUGGAGUUCAGGUCCAAGAGAUUAGAAAAGCCAUCGAAAACGCACAAGCGCUCGUCGCCGAUUACGUUGCUGGAAACGCGACAAGAUUGACUAUCUAG